GCCGCGAUGGAGCUGGGGGAGCUGCGGAAGAGCUACCGGGGGGACACCGAGGCCUUCGAGGAGCGGCACUUGGUGUCCCUUGACCCCAUCGAGCAGUUCCGAGCCUGGUUCCAGGAGGCCCUGGAGUGUCCCGGCAUCGGCGAGGUCAACGCCAUGUGCCUCGCCACCUGCACCAGGGACGGGAAACCCUCGGCCCGGAUGGUGCUGCUGAAGGGGUUCGGGCAGGACGGGUUCCGAUUCUUCACCAACUACGAGAGCAGGAAGGGCAAGGAGCUGGAUUCCAAUCCCUUCGCUUCUCUCGUUUUCUACUGGGAGCCGCUCUGCCGGCAGGUGCGGAUCGAGGGCUCGGUGAAGCGGCUGCCGGAGGAGGAGUCCGAUCGCUACUUCCAGUCCCGCCCCAAGGGCAGCCAGAUCGGGGCUCUGGCCAGCAGGCAGAGCUCCGUCAUCCCCGACCGGGAGCACCUGAGGAAGAAGAACGCGGAGCUGGAGGAGCGGUACCGGGACACGACCGUGCCCAGGCCGGACUAUUGGGGCGCGUACAUCGUGGAGCCGGAGGUGCUGGAGUUCUGGCAGGGCCAAACGAACCGGCUGCACGACCGGAUCGUGUUCCGGCGGCUGCGGGACCGCGCGGCGCCGCUCGGGGCCAUGACCCACCGGGCCCACGGGGACUGGGUCUACGAGCGCUUGUCGCCCUGAGCACGGCCCCGGAAUGUCGCCAGUGUCGCCACCCCGCCCUGUCCCUUGUCGUGUGAUGGGAAAUGGCUUCGGAGCUGCGCUCAGCCCGGUGUGUCCCCAAAUCCGGCUGCGACCGCUGUC